ACGCCUUACACCAGAAUUUGCAGCAAUGAAAACAAUGAGCCAUGUGUUGUGACUGCACCUUGCUGGAAGAAGAUGAAGAAGAAGGGGUGUACUGGCUACUCCUUGUCCCAUCAAUUACUGUUUUUCAUUGCUGGAAGAAUGAAACGCUGCAGGAGUGAUCCGUUUGUGCAGGAUUUUGGCUAUUACACAAAUGUAUUUUGCUCCAAUAUGAUGAAAAUAAACCUAGAUAUUGAGCACAGUGGUUACCCCUCGCAUCAACAAGACCUUUUCAUGGAAAACAUAAUGCUAUGUGGUUUAUGUGGAUAUUCAGAUUUUUACAAACUAGAAUGGAUGAAUAAAAUUAUCAGCUGGCAAGAUCCGAUCCUUGGAUGUUUCAGUGAGACAGGACAUGAGUUAGAUUCAGAGAAUGCUGCCAAUGAGAAUCCCUUUCCAAAAAGGGUAAAAAGAAGAGAGAGAAUGUUUUUAGAUGUAUGCCUGAGCCACAAGACAGCAGUGGCAGUAGGAGCCCUCGGGGGGUUUCUGUAUUUCUUUACAUUCAUGUGACUUAUUGUAAUAAAACAAUGUAAAGUAAUGUACUCAAAUAAAA